AUGGCGAACGUGCGGGACAGCGACAUUUCUCUGUGGCUACAUAAUAAGCUUGGAACAUCAAACGACUCUUGGAUAAGCGGCUCAAUCACCUCCCAGCUGAACAAGGAAGUGCUACGCAACAUCAAAGAAUGUUUUCCGGACUUACAGACGCAGGUGAAGCUGAAAUUGCUGCUCAGUUUCUUCCAAAUUCCGCGACGGAUCGUCGAAGAGUGGAAAACCGAAUUGGAAGAAGUGAUCGAGGUGGCCGGUCUCGACUCGGAGCUAUGGGUAUCGAUGAUUGCCGAAACGAUAAAAACCCUGCCGACCACGGGCUCGCUCAACACAGAGAUCUCAGACUACGAGGAGACGCGACCAAUUUUUACCGACAUGGUCAACGAGCUGAGGCGGUUGGUGGUGAAGAACGCCGAUCUUGGUAUGCUUCCGCUCGAAUGUCAGUAUCUUAACAAAUCGGCUCUGGUGUCGGUCGUGGGCCAGCAAACCGCGCCGGUAAAACACUUCACGCUCAAGCGCAAACCGAAGAGUGCGGCCUUACGCGCCGAACUGCUACAGAAGUCAUCGGAUGCUCAGAGCUGCCUAAAGAAGAUAUCCGCACCGACAGUGCCUUUACGGUCGCGUGGCAUUCCCCGCAAGAUGACCGAUACGACGCCACUGAAGGGAAUCCCGUCACGUGUGCCAACCGGCGGAUUCCGCUCACCACCAGCUACGGCCGGUCAGUCGCGCCCGGCCAUGAAUCGAACGCCGGCUAGUCGGAAAGAUGGUGGCAUCAAACUGCUCGAGAUUGGCGAGCAACCGUUAGGCUACGCGGCGGCAAAGAAACGGAAGCGUGAACAGGAACGCGAGGAGCAGGCGAAGAAGGUGGCCGAACAGCAGAGUCAAAGUGUGACCGAUUCCAAACCUGUGCCAAGCACACCGACCACGCCGCCACCCGCUGUCACCACAACGCCCGACUAUGCGGCUGGCUUGACCGCACCGUCAACGGUGUAUAGUCAGCCGGCUACACCGAUGCCGGCGACGUCAGGCAGCAAGGAAUCGUCGGCCAGCAUAAUGUCCUCAACUAUCGUAAAUUCCACACAGCCGCCGGCGCAGCAACAACAGCAACAGUCCCUGUCAGCGGCCCCUCAGCGGCCACAGCAAACCACAACGCAACCGACAAUAACGUCUCAACAGACACCUCAGCAGCCGCAGUCAACGCAAAUACCAAAAGUUGAAGACCAACCGAUGGAGAUCGGCCAGGAAGAGAGCAAGGAAACAAUCAGCCUGAUAUCGCCUCAGACUUCCGUUGCGGUAAGCUCGGUAUCGGGUGUGAGCUCCGUUCCCGUUCCUCCACUCGCGUAUCCUGCAUCGGCGAAAACGUUAACGGCGACAGUGCUGAAAACCGAACCGGGCAUCAUUGUUAGUACGGCCAGUUCGAACGUUACACUCUCGUCGCAACCGCCAUCGCUGGUGCGAACUAUUCCGAUAGCAACGAAGCAAAACAAAACGAUUCUUCAGGCGCAAUCUCCGGUGGCGACCACCGCUAUCGGUGGAGUGCACAUUAUUCAAAAAUCUACCGGAAAAACGAUUAGCGCGGCAGCGGCCGCCGCAGCCGCAGUGACCAGUAGCAGUACGAUGCAGCCUAAGAUAGAAAUCAUCUCGUCGGAAUCGAUCACUCCGGGAUCGGCGCUACACUCAUCGAUACCGAAAUCGACCACCAUAAUCAAUCGGGGCGGUAACAUACUGUUCACCACGAAACAGGUGCCGACGGUAGCGACAACGAGUGCGGCGGCAGGUGCAACAAUCAUUCAGCAGAAACCACCGCUCACGUCGUACGUGUUGAACACGAGUUCUCCCGGCAAGCAGAUUAACAUCCAGCGGAUAGUGUCGAGCGUGAAUGCGUCCGGCACGCCAACGCUCACCACGACCAUCUCUCGAGCCCAGCAUCAGCAACAUCUAUUGCAACACCAGCAGCAGCAACAGCAGCUUUUGCAGUCGCAACAGUCCGUGGGAGUGGCUUCGUCACAGCCUACGAGAAUCGUGCAAAUCAAGACGGCCCCGACGGUUUCGCUCAACAACAACCAGCUACUGCAGAAUAUUCCUCCGCUCAUAUCGACACAGAUGCCAGCAGGUAAUGCACAACCGACGAUACUGAACAUACAGCCGGUUCAACAGCAGCAGGGGCUAGUUCAAGGGCAGCAGAAUCAACUGCAGAUUACGCCCACCACCGCACCGCAAAAGCGCACGAUUACGAUAACGGCGCAAAAUCCGCCCACAUCGGGCAUCACUUCGUCGGUGGCGCAGAUCCUGCAGCAACAGCAGCAGCUGCAGCAGCAACAACAACAACAGCAUCAAGCUUUGCAAGCAAAUGCGGCCACGCUUGUCGGCCAGCAACCGAAGUACGCGCAGGUGAUGAUGUCACCGAAUGUGAAAGGCAACACGAUCUACCUGACGAACGCUUCAAGUGUACCGAACGUGCUGCAGCAGAAAGGAGUUAUUCUUCGCACGGUGGACGCGUCUGGCAAUACCGUUUAUCAGCAGCUGCAAAUGCAGAAUGUGUCCGGGCUGGGCGGUGCAACGAUACUGACCGGACCGCCGGGUCUCAUCAAAACCGAGCCCGACACGAAGCUUAGUCAAAUUCCUGCCCUCGUCCCGACCGGUUCGUUGCACCAAAACAUUCCGGCACUAACACCGGUCGUAAUACAGCCGGCGGUCGGCGGUGGGCAGCAGCAAACCGGCGCCACCACGAUGGUCGUGCAGCAACCGCAACAAACCUCCACGAUACCGGCGCUGAUAACGAACAUUUCCCAGCAGCAACAACAGCAACAGCAAGUCAAGCAGCAAGUGAUCUUCCGCCAGGCCGGUGCGAACAACGUGCAAACGAUUCUACCGCAAGGCAUUACGCUUAUCCAGCGGCCGGCCCCGGGACAACCAAAGCUAGUGCAGACGAUCCAAGCUCAGCAAACGACUGCGACAAGCACCCUCGGUGCUGGUGGUCAGCGGACCAUCAUCACGCAAAUCCCUCAACACCAACAGCAAUCGCAGCAGCAGCCCCAGCAACAACAUACUAUCCAAUUCCAAGCACCGGGAACGCAACGAACCGGCGGCACCACGAUUCAGCUCGUGCAGCAACCGCAACAAACCCAGUUGCAACAGCAGCAAAUCCAACGAACCCAAUCGAUUGUUUCCACUGGUGGUACUACUGCCGUUACCAUACAGCAGCAAUCUCAAGGCGGUGGCGGUGUUCAGCAGCAACAACAAGCGCAACAGCCCCAACAGGCCGGCGCUAGGAAAGGCCUCUCCAUUUCGAGCAAGUAUUACAUGGAAGCACAUGAUAUGUUCAAGCGGGCGAAUUGCGUAUCUCGCCUAGAGAAGGCGAUCAUAAUCGGAUUCAUGGCCGGCUACCGGGACAAUCCACGACCGAAUCCGGAAAAUAUAGUCACCAUCAAGCUGAACGAAAGCAUUGAAAAAGUACACCAAUCUGACGACCGAACAGCGAUGAUGCUGGUGGAAUCGCUCAUCACGCUCGACUACAACACGGGUCAGUGGAAAACAUUCCGAAAGUAUCGCGAAGUCGAGCCGGGCCAGCAGCUCACCGAAGGCGGUGACGCGUUGGCGGCUAGCGGAGCGGCUUCGGCCGCGCCUACCCCUGGUCAGCAGAACUCGGUAGUUAUUUAAUGUUUGUUGUAAAAUGCGCCAAAAAAUGGAAAAGAAAACCGAAAAAUAGGCAAAACCUGAAAAAAUCAAGUGGAUAAAUAUCUCUUAGCCAAAUAGGGACACAUCGGAAGCUGUAACCACACCGUGACCGCGAAUGUGACAGUGUGUGGUGGUGGUGGAUGAUGCGCUCUGCUUAGAGACUGUUGUUAAUGCGUAGAUUCGGGUAGGCACACACGGCGGCAAAUGCUAGUCGUAGCCGGUUUCGUUAGCGCCUUUGUUUGCAGGGUAACAGUUUGGCGGAAGGAUUCUAAGAAUCGUGGUAUUUUGUGUAGAGGUUAAUUUGUGUUCCGUCGUUCAGCUUCCUGGGGCUCGGAUUUCUUAACCUAAGAUCGCAGUUUAUCACCCAUCUUAGUCAAAGUUAGUUUGUAGUAUGGUCUUAGAAGAAAACGGCAGAUGAAUUUUCGGGAGUAUCUUUUCCUUCUCUUUCUUUCUUUCAUACGCGGUCUGGUGCAAUGUGUUGACGUCCGUUCGCGAUUUUUUCAAUCUUAGAGGAACGGACUGGGCCGUAUUUAUUAUGUUCACGAUUUACUUCUUUCUUAAAAACUUGUCUUCAGUUCAGUAGUUUCAUCACCAUCAAGGCUAUAGCAGUGGGAAAGUUCGAAACAUAUACGAACGUACGCGUUAGACAAAUGUCAUAAACUAACGAGAUAGUCCUUUCUUUUACUAUCGGAAUUUAUUUGAUCAGUGACGAUGUUGCAUUUGAGUUCCGUGUGAAGUUGAUUCCGUUGGAUGGGUAAUAAACAUCAAACAUAUACUUGCUUCAGAAGUGCGUUGCUUACUUGGAACAAAACUGCGAACCCGCAACAAUAGGGACGUCUAAAUGGAUUGAAACCCCUUUCGUUGGUAGGAUGGAACCAGGUAGGAGCUUAGAAGACAGAAGGCAGACCUCUAGUAAAAUGGGUGGAGCAGCAUCGGCACGGCGCGAUUAAAUGUGAACUAGUUAAAUGUGUACAGUCUGGGUAGAUGCGCCAUUGUUGGCCGGUGCAGGGGGCAGGGAGCAACAGGAAAGCUGCCGAUGCCUCAGGAAGAAGCUAGGCACAUGGAAAAAACAUGCAAUGAUAGUAAAUGUGUAAUGCUGCAGGCUUCUGACGAUACGAA